AGCCGCCCGCGAGGAUGUGGGUGUACCUGGCAGCCCUGCUGGCACUGUACUUCCUGCGCCGAUGGUACCGGGAGCGGCAGACGGUCGGAAACCUCCCGGACAAACACGUCUUCAUCACAGGCUGCGGCUCCGGCUUCGGGCACCUGCUGGCCAAGCAGCUGGACGGGCGGGGGCUGCGGGUGCUGGCGGCGUGUCUGACGGAGCAGGGGGCCGAGCGGCUGCAGCAGGAGACAUCGGGGAGGCUGCAGACAGUGAUCCUGGAUGUGACCAAAUCUGACAGCAUCCAUGCGGCCACUGCCUGGGUGAUGGGACAGGCGAGGGACAAAGGUGAGGGCUGGCUCUGCCUGUUGUCAGCUCCAGCAGAGGCUUGGGCACUGGAAUGGGGCUCUGGGGCCCGGUGGACAACGCAGGGAUCUCUGGAUGCGUUUGCCACAACGAGCAGCAGCAGCCCACACCUCUGA